GCUAUAGCAAAGCUCAACGCAGCUCGCAAUUGCCCGCAUCCCACGACCGCCCUUACCGCCACAAGCCCCAACCAAGCGGAUAUGGCCAUGGCGACCCCAACCGACCAAGCGCCCCCCGCGAUACCACGCCUCCCGUCGAAUCCCACACCCCUCUCCGCACCCCAGGAACAGCAGGUCCGCGAUCUCUACUACCGGAACGUGCGCGCGAAAUGCGCCUCCGAGAUAGCAGCCUUUGCAGAGUGCGCUACCGGCCGCACCUUUACCAUGAUCUACGCCUGCCGCGCGCAAAAGCUCACCAUGAACACGUGCAUGCUGCAGUACCAAGGCCCCGACGAGCUGGACAAGGCGCGCGCCGAGUGGUUCGCGCUGGCGGGGGAGCGGCGCCGCGAGAAGGAGGAGCGGGCGAAGCUCGUCGAGGAGAGCAAGCGGCGGCACAAGGAGUGGUGGGGCUUGGAUGAGCAUGGGAAGCUGCAGGGGAAGAAGCUGGAGACGAAACUGGAGAGGGAGACGAGGGAGGCGGGGGAAAGGGCGGCCGAGGGGAGAAGAUAGGCUGGAGGUGCGUGUCUGGGAGAUGGGCAGGAGCGGGCAGGGCGCGACGUUUUAUCUGCAUUUGCAUGGCGUUUUGGGGAAGGUCAGAUCCUCGUUGUAAGCACAUGGCACGGUACAGGCGACGUAUAGCACGCUUGUUGUAUCACUAGAGAGCAAGAGGAUGCGUAGCAUGUUGUAUGAUAUUGGUUGUAUUGCUAGGUACAGUACCUCUGGAACGGGUGCUAGGCAAGUGGAUGGGAAAGAAUUCAGCUCUGGUAUACCCGUAACCGUA